AUGCAUCAUGGAUCUACGAAACUUAAGACUCCCACAGAGGGCGAGCCUGAUGGGCUAUCCUCAUGGGAAUGGAUCCGGAGCCAAUUUCAUAUGAGACCAGCUGAAGAUGAUGAGCCACAGUCGUGGUGGAUUGCAUCGACGGCCAUCCCGCUGAUUGCUGCUACAACGGGACCACUCGCAAAUAUCAUGUCAGUCACUGCACUGGUUAUGCCAUGGCGAACUAGAGUUCUCUCAAUUCAUAAUGGCCCUGGUGGAAACCCCAUCCAAGAAGGAUAUCCGGACCCUCAUUGGGCCACUAUCCUAAAUGCCAUUUCACUUUUCUGCGGGAUCGUGGGCAAUGUGUUUUUACUAUUCAAUUUUACCCAUGUCAUACGCUAUAUCAUAGCUUUGCCCGUGACGAUUAUUUCGUGGUUCAUGGCUGCGGGAAUCCUCUGCGGAAUUACCACAGCCACAUCUAUCUAUGCUCCUCCAGUGGGCAUCGAUAGGGUCUACUCCCAGGCUUUUUGGAGUGCCGUCAUUGCAGCAGUCCUCUACUUUGUCUUGAGCUUCAACUUGAUGAUCAACAUGCUGGGCUAUUUCCUGGGUAAAUACCCGCAACAUUUCGCUCUGACCGACGAGCAACGAACCUUGAUUCUGCAAAUGACUGCAUUGGUGGUUUGGCUAUUGAUUGGUGCAGCUAUUUUCCAGCGAGUGCUCGGGAUCUCUUUCGCCGAUGCAUUGUACUUCUCCGAUGUCACUGUUCUCACAUUAGGGUACGGCGAUAUAGUUGCCACCGAUGCCGUCGGUCGAGGUCUUAUUUGGCCAUAUUCAGUAAUUGGGAUUAUCAUUCUGGGACUGGUCGUGGAAAGCAUUUUCAAAUUUGCUCGCGAGGUUCACUACGACAAUGUCAUUCGCAAACACAUUGAACAGAAACGGCAAUCCACUUUCGAGCGUUCAAUCAAUUAUAAAGAGCUCCAAUCUUCUCAAGGGAAACGCCUGGCUAAUGGAGAUGUUGUCACCCCUCCGGCUCUCACUCGCCAAAAAUCCAAAGUUCAUCGCCGCCGUCAUCGGCCAAUUCGCAACACCAUCAACACUCUUGCCACGGGCCGCCAAUCCAAGAUCCUUAUCAUGCGUGAAGAAAAGGAUCGGUUUGACGCUAUGCGUCGUAUCCAGUAUGAUACCAUGCGCUUCCGUCGCUGGAGCAAUUUGAUCAUCAGCAUCAUUGCAUUUGGAAUUGUGUGGUCUUGCGGAGCAGUGGUGUUCUGGAAAUUAGAAACAAUGACCUACUUCGAAUCUCUCUGCUUUUGCUUCACCUCCUUGCUUACCAUCGGCUACGGUGAUUUCACACCACAGUCGAAUGCAGGGAGACCCUUUUUUGUGGUAUGGUCUCUAAUCGCCAUCCCAACCAUGACCAUGCUCAUCUCGGAGAUGAGCGACACAGUCGUCGCCAGCUUCAAGCGCGCCACUGAAAUAGUCGCCGAUUACUCCGUGCUUCCUCAAUCCGGUAUCUACAAGUCAGGCUUGAGUCGGAUUCCCGGCGUUGCCCACCUCAUACAGACUCGCCAAGAGAAAAAGCGGCAAAAGCGCGGUUUCCCACUUGAGGGGGCUGAUGAAUCCAGCGGGGAAAGAAGAGAUCCCGAGGAGGCUAGUCGAUCUAGUCCUGAAAACGACGAAUUGGCCGAGUGUCAUCCCCGCCAAUCCCUCGAGGAGCUUGCCCGCGAUCCAACCCGACUUGAGCUUGCUAGGCAACUUGCCUUCGCUAUUCGCCGUGCCACUAAACAGGCACGGGAAGGCAAGCGAAAGCGAUACUCCUAUGAAGAAUGGGUCGAGUUUACCCGACUCAUUCAGUUCACUGAUCCGCGAGCUCGGCCACAGUCAUCAGGGAGGAAUCAGCCGGCAGAUGAGGAUGGCGGGUUUUCUAAUUACGAAGAUGAAUUUGGACUUCUCAAUUGGGACUGGAUUGGUGAGAGUAGUCCCAUGCUGGCAAAACAGACAGAGCCCCAGUGGGUUCUAGAUCGACUGUGUGAGAGUUUGAUUCGGUACGUGUCGACUCAAGAGGAGAGUCGGGGUGCGGGAGCUGAUGCCGAUCUGUCGGAAGAAGCAACUCUGAGGAAGGAGAGGGAUAUAGGGUUGAAUGAAUGA